GGUCGGCCCGUUUUCCUCCUACUCGUGUCAGCUGUCAGCUCCUCCUUCUCAGAUGUAGUUCUGCUGCGGUUCAGGACUCAAUCAGACCCGACCGUCUGCUCUCGCUGGGAGGACCUCAUGCACACACACUGAUCGAUUCACACAUGAACUUAUGGAGUACACUUACUUCUGGCUGAUGUGGAUCGGCGCUCUGCUGCCAGGGCCACGGACUUGCUUUAAUAUCGACACAAGACAUGCAAGAAUCAUCAAGGGUUCGAAAGAAGCUCAGUUUGGAUAUACGGUUCAGCAACAUGAGGCCGGUGGGCGGAAAUGGCUCCUAGUAGGAGCUCCCUUUGAGAGGAGCGGCGAACAUCAGACAGGUGACGUCUACAGAUGUUCACUAGACAGGAAACCUGCCAGAAACUGCACACGACUGCAUCUAGGAAAGAUAUCCCUAAACAAUGUGUCUGAACGCAAAGAGAAAAUGAGAUUGGGAAUGAGUCUCACCUCUAACCCCAAGGAUAACAGCUUUGUGGCAUGUGGGCCGCUGUGGUCGUACGAGUGUGGAAGUUCCUACUACAGCACGGGCAUCUGUUCUAGAGUCAAUAGCAGCUUCAACUUCACCCACAGCAUCGCUCCAGCCUUUCAAAGAUGUGAGACCUACAUGGAUAUAGUGAUUGUGUUAGAUGGAUCCAACUCUAUCUACCCCUGGUAUGAGGUUCAAGAUUUCCUGAUAAAUGUGUUACAGAAGUUUUACAUCGGUCCAGGACAGAUCCAGGUAGGUGUGGUGCAGUACGGUGAACGAGUAGUGAACGAGUUUCGGCUGGAUGAUUUCCGUACGGUUGAGGAGGUUGUAGCGGCAGCUAAGAAUAUCAACCAGCGAGGUGGAGAGGAAACACGCACGGCUCUCGGGAUUAAUGCGGCUCGAACUCAAGCAUUCAAACACGGAGGUCGUCCAGAUGCUAAGAAAGUCAUGAUUGUCAUCACUGAUGGAGAAUCGCAUGACAGCCCAGACCUAAAGAAAGCCGUGGAAGAAAGCGAGAAGGAUAAUAUCACCUUGUAUGGUAUCGCGGUACUUGGCUACUAUAAUCGGCGAGGGAUCAAUCCUGAAGCUUUUUUAAGGGAAAUCAAGUUCAUAGCCACGGAUCCUGAGGAGCACUUCUUCAGCGUCACUGAUGAGUCGGCCCUGAAGGAUAUCGUUGAUGCUCUAGGAGAGAAGAUCUUCAGCUUGGAGGGUACCAACCAGAACGGUACAGCCUUUGGUUUGCAGAUGUCUCAAGCUGGAUUCUCCUCACAUAUCGUGGAGGACGGGAUUCUGGUUGGUGCUGUUGGCGCAUACGACUGGAACGGAGCUGUUCUGAAGGAGACCCGUCAUGGUAAAGUCAUCCCACCAAAGUCCUCUUACAUGAAAGAGUUUCCAGAGGAACUGAAGAACCAUGGAGCAUAUCUGGGGUACAUGGUGUCCUCGGUGGUCUCGGAUCAGUAUGGUCAGCUGUACGUUGCUGGAGCCCCUCGAUUCAACCACACAGGGAAGGUCAUCAUCUUCACCCUGACUAACAGUGGCAACCUCACCAUACUGCAUUCUCUCUACGGACAGCAGAUCGGGUCGUAUUAUGGAAGUGAGUUGGCACCAAUUGAUCUGGAUGACAAUGGAUUGACGGAUCUUUUACUUGUUGGAGCUCCCAUGUACUUCUACAGAGGGUGGGAGAAAGGCCGAAUUUACAUCUACACCAUCAACUCACAGGGCUCUUUUAUACCAGAUGGGACUCUUGGACCAUCAGAACAGACCCAUGAUUCUCGUUUUGGUGCGGCUAUGUCAGCCCUUCCGGACUUGAAUGGUGACGGCUUCAGUGAGCUGGUAGUGGGUGCGCCAUUGGAGGACAAUCACAAAGGAGCUAUCUAUAUCUUCUAUGGCCGACAAAAGAGCAUCCAACCCAAAUACAAACAGAGAAUAGCCGGUGGUGACAUCUCUCCAGGUCUCCGUUAUUUCGGCCGCAGUGUGCAUGGGAUGAUGGAUGUAAAUGGAGAUGAGCUCAUAGAUCUGUCUGUGGGCUCUUUAGGGGCCGCAGUUCUGCUUUGGUCUCGCAGUGUUGUCCGUGUUGGAAUCAGCAUCAAUUUUGAGCCUUCAAAAAUCAAUGUUUUUAAUAAAGACUGCAUCCGAGGAGGCCGAGAGGUGUCGUGUAUGUUGGCCAACGUUUGCCUGAACGUCACGGCACAGACACCGAUGACGGAUCCAAAGAGAGUCGCGCUGAGGUACAGCUUUGGUUUCGAGGAGAACAGAUAUUUUCCCAGAGCUGUGUUAGACAGCACAGAGGACCCGCAGCCCAGAGAUGUCACCCUGCGGCCGGACUCAAACUACUGCCUGAAAGUGUAUUUCCACGUUCAUGAAGUGACAGACUACACACGACCCGUGAUCUUCACUGUCAACGUCGGCCUGCAAAAUGCAGAAGAAGGGCCGGUGCUGGACGACGGCUGGCCUACCAGUCUGCAGUCAGAGCUUCCGUUCUGGAACGGUUGUGAUAAUGAUGAUCAGUGUGUUCCAAACCUCAUCCUGCAGAGCAGCUCUGACUUAUUAGAUCGCAGGCAGUUCUGCGGGCGGAGCGAGUGCGCCGCGUGGCCGCUGUGUGUCCAUCAGAGGGCGAGGGCGAGCAGCGAGCGUGUGGUGGAGGCCAGCCGGAGGAAAGUUCUGGUGGAGGCACGUUUGGAGAACCGAGGAGAGAAUGCUUACGGCACGAUCCUGCAUCUCACGCAUUCUCCAAACCUCCAGUUCUCCAGUCUGGUGGUGAAGGGACCUUCAGACAUUGCAAUCGAGUGCCCGAACUCUGAUGAUACGAGCCUCUACCGGACAUGCAACGUCAGCGCGCCAUUUAUGAGGUCACAUGCUCAGGUUUAUUUUCGCCUGGAGUUUGAGUUCAGCAGAUCUGUCUUCUUGAACUUCAUCCAGAUCACCCUGAGGGUCUCCAGUGAGGGAGAAGAGAUGUUUCCAGAGGACAACAUCAACGACAUUUACCACAGUCUGAAAUAUGAGGCUGAUAUUCUCUUCACAAGAGAUUCCAGUUCAUCCCGUUUUGAGAUCAAACAUGAGCUUGCCCAGAGCGUGCCUGUUGGGACUGGACCGCCCUUCAACCUCUCUUAUCAGAUCCAGAAUCUUGGACUCUUCCCUGUAUCCGAGCUUCUCUUCACGUUAAACGUCUUCACUGUGGCCAGAAAUGCACACACUCUCUUGCACCUCUCAGACUUGGAUAUCGAUCAGAUGGCUGGAUCGCACUGCAAUGUUCCACGUGUCAUCACCGCCGGCUCGUCCUCGCAGGAAGACCUCUCUCUCAACCCACACAUGAACGCGUCCACCAGCGAUGCAUUAUUUGCGCAGUGCAGAAUCAACCUGCUUCCCCAAGGAGACGUUAGCAUCACCGCAACAGGAUGGCUCAAUCUUCACAAUUUAUUAGCCGUGAAAUUUAAACGGUUAGAUCUGGUAAUGACGGCCGCUGUUGAGUUGAGCGCCUCCAGUCCGAUGUUCCUCCAUGAGGAACGGCCCGUGAGACAUAUAAUCCUGGAGAUUAGGAAGGAGGAUGAAUACAGAAUUCCCAUCUGGGUGAUUGUUGGAAGCACUCUGGGAGGACUACAACUUCUGGCCCUGCUAGUACUGGCGCUUUGGAAGCUUGGAUUCUUCCACAGGCAAAAGAGAAAGAGAGACGAGCAGGCGACCAAUGAGAAGACAGCAGAGGAUCGGUAAUCAACCACACGGCAACCUCUUCAGCCAAUCACUCAGGGACACUUCAGACACGGGUGUGUGUCAGCCAAUCAGUGGCUCUUAAGCACUGCCACACCCUCCAGCAAUCUGACCAAUCAGCUCGCUUCCCAGGGCCGCGCUGCCAAUUAAGAUGUGAAGAGGCUGAAGCUUCAGUGUGAGACUUUGAAAUCCAGGUCAAAAGAGAACGAAGUGGAAAAGAACACUAAUGAAUAGGCUUCAGUUUGAACCAUCGUGAGGUUUUGGUGCUGAUAAAAAGUUUGUGUAUCAUGAAACAAACUUCAGAUUGCGGAACAAGACUUUUUUGCUGCAGCAUAAAUUCAAGCUGAUGCACUUGCACAUUGUAAAGAAUUUUGAACUUGAAAUAUGUAAAUAUGAAAAAGUUCAGCAAUAUAAUGUAAUACAAUGAUAAAAAAAUAAUAAUAUUUAACCAUAAAAUUACUAAUAUCAUGCACUUUUUGCUGCCACUUACAUCUGUUAACGAUGUAUGUGAGAUGUAUGGUCAUAAUUUUAUAUACAGUAUGAAAUUUUGCAGAUGGAAUUGAAAGUAUUCCAUGUGUAUUUCUGUUUUUUUAUUUUUUUUUAUAUAAACUGAAACUGGUAAAAGCGCUUAAGGGUAGUUGAAAUGGAUAGGAAACACAUUUUAUGUGCUGUAACUGGUCACCAGUUUUCCACCUUUUAUUUGCAAUAAUUUAAUUUUUUAUUUUCUUUGACUGUACAUGUCAUAAAUAAUAACAAAAAAAUUCUAAAAGGUUUGCUUUUUAUGCAGUUGACUUAAAUAUUACUGUAGUGUGAUGAGUAUUUUAGAAAUAUAAAAGUACAAUAUUUCAUGUAUUCACUCCAUUAAUAUGGUCACAAUGAAAUAUUUAAUAAACAGACAAUAAUUAGAUGAUACAGAAAUAAAUAAAUCAUCCUUGACAUCUCAACUACCCUUAAACACUUUGUGAUCACUGUCUGGAAAAUACACAGUGGCUGUGUUCAGAAUGCAAUACUAGUUUACUACUGCUGGCUAUUUUCUGAGUGAAACAGUAUGCAUUAUUCUGUAUGUAAACCAUUUCAACAGCAUUGCUUCAUUUUGUCACAUUCCAGUUAUCAUCUCGGAAAUAAUUAUUAGGUUACUUUGCAUUUAAAAUCAGAUUUUUAAUAAAAAUGCCAGUCUUAUCAAAUUAUGAGUCAGGAAGGAGAUGUUAAAAAUGCAUUGCAUUGCAGUAAAAUGUGUAAAAUUUAUUCUGUGCAGUGUGCACAUUUUGACAAAUGUAGGUAAUCAUGACAUGCAAAAAAAAUACUGUGCAUAUACAUACUAUAUACUGCAGCAAUAAUUAAGUAUGGUGGUAUGCUGUUCUGAACACAGUCACUCAAUCCAAAAUGUUCCCAUACAGUAAUUUUCUUUUGACAUGGCUUUACAGCUUUCACAGUAUAAGACACCGUGGCACUUGUUUUAAUUGUUGUCACUUAUGUUGGCAUUUUAUUGCAUGUAGAAAUGACAGCCGAAUGUUCGUCAUGUGUUUUUUUAUUGAACCACUGAAUAAAUUAAAAUCCAUUUAAAACAAUACAUCUUUGUUUUUUGAAUUCAGACCAGAACAGAUUUUUAUAUUCAAAUAUGAACUGUGCCUACAUAUUACAAAACACACAUUUAAAAAAAAAAAAAAAAAAGCUGCAUGUUGCAUAUUUUGCUCACUAUCAUUCCCAUAUAGUUCCAUUUGUGUUAUUUCAGAGUUUAUCACUUUAAUUAUUCUAACACGUGGAAAAAAUCCAAUGAUCAUGUUUGACACAUGAAGACUUUACACGGCAACGAAGUACUAAAAACGGAAAGGUUAUUCCUUUGCUAAACGAUAACAUUGUCAAAACGAUCCCAUUCACACGGAUCCGCGAAAACGAGUAAAAACGCUGUAUUAUGCUGCCAGGCCAGUAAUUGGCGAUGCCAUUUUGUGAAGAAACACUACACAACUAUAGACCUUAUUCAGAGCAGCGCCAUGACAGGUAUGAAAGCAAGGAUUAGACUUACCGUAUUUUCAACGGCAUCCGCUGUAAAAAAGCUCCUAGCUCGUGUUUUCUGGAGUUUUUUUGUCUACAGAAAUUUCUUGGAAAGAUAUUUUUGCAGUGUUUUGUCUGCAGAACAAUCCAAAAACCCGUGAAAUAACAGUACAACCCACCGAAGAGCUGUAUGUCCAUCGCUUUCAUUCCCGUUCAAAAUCAAAGAUGGCGCUGCUUAAGGUCUAUGCACAUGACUUCACCGUAGGCGGGAGCGACUGCGGUUACGCCCACUGAGUGGCAACAUUGAUUUUCGGCCGCGAAAAACACACAAAACACAUUCAAAACGGGAAAGAGCUUUGCGAUUCACUGUACAAACUGUUUUGACAAGAAAUCUGAGGUAUAUUUUUACAGACUGCCGAAAGCUAAAGAAAAGAGAAGCCAAUUAAUUGCUUCAAUUCACAGAAACAACUGGAUCUAGGCAGCAAAAUGUGGAUUUGCACUUAUUUUGUCAAUAUGUUGAAUUUUGGGUAAAAUCAUACCCUAUAUAUUGUAUUGUUAUAUACUGUAUUGACAACUCAUCAAGUAAAUAUUUAUACAAAACGCAUAAAAAGUUUUCUGUUUUUAGUUGAAAAUGGUGUCGUGUAAACGGACCCUAAGAGGAUCUAGCAAACCGUUCUUAAAAAUCACAACUCAAAUGCAACAGAAGCACAUGGAAUCUGACAGGCAUCUUUGAUCGAUGGUUUUAAUCUUGUUUUAUUUGGAUUGGAAAUAAAAACACGUUGAACAAUCCCCAGUAAUUAAAGAAUAAAACAUGGUGCAAACACAGAGGGUUAAAAACCUCCACAUUCAGAAUCGGCCACAUUCGAGCACUCAAACACACACACACACACACACACACAGAGAGAUAAAAGCGGGAAGACAUGCUUCUCACACAACAGCACCUUCCAGAAUAAGGCCCCGUGACUCCAAAAGAGCUCCAGCAAAUGUUCAUUAACACAAGUCAGAAUUACAGACUUGCUAAUUGGCUUUACAGUGGCAUCAUGUUUAAAAAAAAAAAAAAAAAAAAACCAUAAUAA